UUUGCCGGGCCUAAUUAGGUGGGUUUCGUCAGACUUGGCAACCUUGCAGCGACGACAGCUAAGUCGUAGUUGGAGGGCUAGGUUAGGUGUCUGGUGCGUUCUCGGGACGGUUCUUCUGGAUCCGAUGGGAAAUCGCCUGGAACUUUCGAGACCUCGGGUGGAAUCCCAAUGAUGGGAGAAGGCGCGCGUGCUGCUGCUGAACCAGUCCUGAGGCGCACCUGCGUCCCGCUUCGCCUGAAGCCGCUAGCCUGUUAGCCUGCGCGCGACCCGUCUGCAGCUGUACAAACCCUGACCCCAAAAUGGUGUUCUUGUUAAACCCUCUGGAGAAUCUGAAGACCUACAUAAGCAGCCGUCCACCGCUGGUCAUAUUUAUGGUCAGUGUAAGCGCCGUGGCCAUUACGUUCCUGACGGUCGGAUAUUUCUUCAAGAUCAAGGAAAUUAAAUCACCUGAAAUGACAGAGGACUGGAACACGUUUCUACUCCGUUUUAACGAGCUCGACUUCUGCAUCUCCGAGAACGAGACACUCAAGCACGGCCUGAACGAGUCGACGACACCAGAGAGCAUAGUGACGAGCAGCCAAUCACGCACCAGCACUCAAGUGCCAUUGCUGCUGGAGGACCCGGGUCCUAUUAACAUCUCCGUCACCAUCACGCUUACCCUGGACCCUCUGAAACCGUUCGGAGGUUACUCGCGUAACAUCACUCACCUGUACUCCACCAUAAUGGGCCAUCAGGUUGGCCUGACUGGCAGGGAAGCUCACGAAGAAAUGAACAUCACUUUCACUCUGCCCGCGUCCUGGAACUCGGACGAAUGCGUCCUCCACGGGCGUUGCGAGCAGAUGGUCUUCAGCACCUGCAUGACCGUUACUGCAGCCAGCAACGUCUUCCCCGUGACAGUGCAGCCACCUCACUGCAUUCCAGAGACAUACAGCAACGCAACGUCCUGGUACAAGAUCUUCACCACAGCGCGGGACUCGGACACCAAAUACACGCAGGACUACAACCCUUUUUGGUGUUACAAAGGUGCUGUUGGGAAGGUUUACCACACUCUGAACCCCAAACUCACAGUCAUUGUACCAGAAGAUGAUCGCUCGCUCAUCAACCUGCACCUAAUGCACACCAGUUACUUCUUGUUUGUGAUGGUGAUUACAAUGUUCUGCUAUGCAGUCAUUAAAGGUAGACCAGGCAAAGUAAGACAGACCAUCCCAGAGUUCUGUCCAGAAAAGGCAGCCUUGUCAGAGGGAUAAGAACAGUCAUCGACGAAAGUAUGGACUGAUCUCAUUCAGCAUCAGAGAGGAGAAACUGGAAUAAACCACAUCAGAAACCAGAAGUAGAGAAGGGGAAGGUGGAAAAACUUGUCAUCUGUUAAACCCAGGAUGAAGGUGAAAACAAACUGUGAUGUGAAUAUCUGCAAUGUUGGGUCACUCCAACCAAAGACUUUCAAGUGCCUGUAUCUACUGUGUAAAUGCUUGUAGGACCCUUCUAAGGACCCUUCUAUUCAGUACAGAAGCACUUUGCCUAACCCCAUUCCUGCCCCAACACCAUCCCCAAUCCCAUGUGCCACAAAUAAUGUGCAGCAAAGACGCAGAAUGAGUAACAGCACUUAUGUGUAUUAUCGUUUAAACAUCGUUAGAUUUUUUUUUUUCUGGUCUCACACGAAAUAUUCCUAUUUUUAACAUUUAUUUCAAUAGUUCAGUGGCAUUCCUGAUUUUGUUCGCUUUCUAUUUGCUUUAUCGUUUUUUUUUUUUGUUUUUUUUUAAGCUUUUGUAUCCAGAUGAUCAGAUUUCAGACAAAUUGCAUCUAUAGAAUAGCAUGGAAAGCCAGCAGGUUGCCAGGUGGUGAUUUAUAAUGUGUUUUUUUUUUUUUUUUUUUUAAAUCAUACACUGCUUUUUGCCUAUUUUUGUUGUACGUUUAGAGUGUGUUCCAGCAGGUACAAGGUACAGUUUUAGAAAAAUAAAAAAAUCUCCAAGAA